UCCACGGUCUUGCCAACCGCCUCCACCCCUCCCCCUCCCUCCCCGCGCAGCCAGUUCCACGCUCCGUGCGCUGUGUGCCGCCCCCCCGCUCCCCGGACGUCGCUCGUUCGCGCCCGUCCGUUCGAUCUUUGCGGGAAGCCAGCCCUCUUGCGAGGCUCUGCGCCCCCUGCCUCUCGGCCCCCUCCUCCUUCGUGAGCUCCAGCGGCUGACUUAGUCUCGCGAGAGUAGUGAUUGCGAGAGCGCGUGUGUGUAGCGGGUGUAUUCCACCCCACCCUCGGACCUCUCUCUCUCCCCUCCCCUCCUAAGCCCGUGUGUGUGUGUGUGUGUGUGUGUAGCGUCCUCUCGACCUCCCCCCUCCGAUUGCAGCGAUGUUUCGCCUUUCGCGCCUCGCCACCUCCAAUUUCUCCCGGGGCUCGGUUCUCCUGAACCCCCUGCGUCUGCUCGCGGUGGCCGACACCGAUUCCGUGGAUGAUCUGCCGUCGAGCCUUCGCCGGCGCUUCGCCUCCAGGUCCCGGCACAAUGACUACUACGGUCGCGAUCACGACUAUGAUGAUCAUGACGAUGAGGGUGAUGAUGACAUCAUGUCUUCCUCCUUCCAGGUUGAUGACACCGAGGAGGGCGUGGCCCUGUCGUCGCCGCACUACCCGAAUGCCGAGCAGGCCACCUACCUGAAGGAGGCCGUUGCCUGGCGCCGUGGCUCGCGCAUUCUGCCGAAGGAGUCGAUGCCGCUCCCGGAGCCCGAUGUCGGCACCCCGGAGUUCCACCAGUUCGUCGCGAACAUUGCGUCCUUCGAGACCCCGCCCACCUACAGCUAUGUGCCGAUUGGUCCAAUCACCUUCCGCCAGGCUAUCCAGUCCACUUUCGGCGACUACCCGAGCUCGAUCGGCCAGAUCGUGAGCCUCACUCGCCGCGAGGAGUACCUCUACCGCCCGUCGGCUGCCACUGUCUUCAAUGCGGCCGACCAGUACCGCAGUGUUAUGCUCGAGGGCCCGGUCGGUUCCGGCAAGUCCAUCGUCCUCUUCCAGGCCCUUCAGCGUGCCUGGGCUCGUGGUGAUGUGGUUGUUUACAUCCCCGAUCCCCACAAGUUCGCCUUCAUGAAGUACCAGUUCUACUGCUCGGACAAUGUGGCGACCAGCUCGUCCACCUACCGCUUCCCGCGCAUGGCCUACGAGAUCAUGCGGGAUAUGUACAAGCUGAACAGCACCGACCCGAUGGGCAACGGGGAGAACCGCCUGGCCCAGAUCCCGCUCGUGCGCACUCGCCAGAUUGAGGGGACCACCUACGCCAACACCGAGGGCUUCGACAACCUGGCCGAUUACAUUGGUGACCUGCUGCAUCGCGUGGACUCCGGCGACCUGUCCUUCAACUCCAUCGAGUUGGCCGACAGCUUCCAUGUGGUCAUGGAUGCCCUUUCGCAGAAGCUCCCCGAGAGCCAGCGCAUUUCCAUGCUGAUUGACCGCGCCAACACCUUCUUCGGCAAGCUCGAGUACCGCGAUUACCAGGGCAAGCCUCUGGUCAUCGGUACCGGUACUACCCCGGAGUUUGACCGCAUCCACAACAUCUUCAGCGGCAACGAGCAGACUCACAACAUCUCCGUCAUCGGUGCCAUGGACACUCGCACGCGCGGCAUCCCGGCCACCCUGCCGGAGAGCCUGCAGUGCAUCCGUGUCAAUGUGCCGAACAUGGACCGCCGUGAGUUCGGCCUCAUGGCCAUGAAGAUCUUCACCGGUGACUACAACAAUGUCCGCUCGGUGGAGGACCCGACGCGCACGUAUGUCCAUCGUCUGCGCCUGCCGGCCAACACCUGUAGCUACUUCUACACCAAGACCUCGGGCAACCCCCGGGCCGGUACUCUUGCCCUGGCGGUGGCUCCCUCGACCCAAACUCCGGAGCAGCUCCAGCGGAACUUCAACCUGCGCAAUGCCCUCUAUUACACCCGGCGUAACUCCACUCGCGAGUAUCGCCGCCGUCUGAUGGAGGAGUACUUCCAGGAGUACCCUCUGCCGGUGUACGCCCGUGCCGACCCGCUGACCGGGCGCAUGCUCGAGCAUGAGCCCGGCUCCAGUGUCCCCAACGAGCUGGACUAUGUGACCUCUUCGCAUGACAACCAGUCCGUCUCCGACUCCAGCGUGCACAAGCGCCACAAGCUGAACAGCACCCAGAAGCGCCUCCUCAAGAACAUGGACAAGACCAGCCUGUCCAUUCGUCUGGCGCGUGGUGGUCUGUCCGAGGCCGCGGGCUCCGAGACCGAGGAGGUGGCCACUGUCGCCACCGGUCCCGGCUCCAAGAAGAAGAAGGGCAAGGCCGAGUCCAAGUCCGCCAGUGCCCGGCGCGAGGCCACCAUCGCCUUCCUGAAGGACCUGGCCGCCAAGACUCCGGAGUCCCAGCGCAUCCACUACCCGCCGAACUUCGAUGUGGAGGAUGACGACGAGUCGGCCGCGCGCGAGGAGGCCCUGGAUUAUGUGCUCGACGUGCUGGAGCACUACCGCGAGUUCCCGGAGGAGGCUGGCGAGGGCCCGGACUUCGCCGAGUGGCUUCGUGAGAUGGGGCAGCUCUACGAGUACCUGGCUUCCAAGCCGGUGGCUCCUUUCAGCUCGGCUCCGCGCCCCGAGUCGAAUGGUGCCUUCCAGCAGGUGAACCUUGCUUCGGCCGAUAUGUCGACCUACGGCCCGCUCGGUCAGCCGCAUGAGUUUGUGAUUCAGAGCAACCCGCUCAAGGCCAACCAUGUGCUGGGCAGCUUCCACUUCCUCCAGCUUCCGGAUGGCAUCUGGCCCGCGCGUGACACUCCUCUUGGUGACUUGACCGCCACCUCCUUCGGGGACUACACGUAUGACGGCCUGGUUUUCCGCCCGGGUCCUGGCACUGAUGCCGGCGUCCCUCGUGAUCUGGCGGUCGAGCGUGCCGAUCUCAGCGGUUUGGCUCGCCCAAAUGCGGCGGCCAACUCGGAGAUCGAUGCCGAGGCCGAGGCCACUUCCGCCGCCAUCGGCACCGGCCCCGGUACCAACCCCUACUGGAACUACAACUCUGCUCUGGAGGAUGGCGAGGUGCCGCUGACUGCCCGGUCACACUCCUUCGGCCUGCCUGAUGGUGUGUACGAUCCGUUUGCGCCGUACCGUCUGCGUGAUGCUCCCCGCAUUCCGGAUCCCCGUCUGGACCUGCCUGCCGAUGGGGAGGCCACUGGUGGGGCUGAGCCGGCUGUUGAUGGUGAUGCUCCGGUUUCCUCCUUCGACCAGCAGGACCUCUGGUAUGGGGAGGAUGAGCACUUCCAGCAGGCCAUGCGCCGUGCGGCCAUCUUUGGCCAGGGUGGUGCGGCUCUCCUGGAGGAGCGCGACCAUCUGGACGCCACCCUCAAGGAGGUGUCCAGCUCUUCGACCGAGCCCGCGUACACUCGCAAGUCGUUGGUGGAGUUCCUCCGCCGUGAGGCGCCGCGCCAUGACCCGGCCACCUUCCAGCGUCUGCUGCCCUUCCUGGUGACGGUCUUCGAUGACCUGCAUUCCACCAGUGGCUCUGCGCAUACCACCCACCUGGCCCAUGUGGAGGAGGCUGCCUUCGAGGAUAUCCAAGUCUUCAACCGGCUUCUGGAUGGCGUGACCGAUGACACGCUCCUGUCCUUCAUGGAGCGUCUGGUUGGUGCCCAGUCCGUCGAUGAGAGUGAGGACCAGCUGCUGGCCAUGUCCCCGCCGUCGUGGCUUCUGCCGACUCUGGUCACCGCGCCUCGGCCCAUCCGCGAGCAGAUGUCCGCCCUCGGGCAGAAGGAGCGCUUCCAGCUGAACUACCUUCUGAACCACUGGUUCAUGAAUGAUUGCCUGACCAGUGCUCCUGGGCGUUUCGAGGGGUCCGACGCGUGGAACCGUCGCUCUGGUGCCUCCAACCCCAUGCUGGUGUCCCUGCUGGACAAGGCUCUGCCCUUCGAGGCGUACACCUCGCCGACGGACCGUGCCCGUGCUCUGCGCCACCUGCUGACCGGGGGCGAGGGUGCUCCUGUGCCGGCUGUCCUGCUGAAGGAUCUGACGGGCAAGGGCGACACCACCGCCCAGUCGCAGCUGGCCUCUCUGGCCGCGGUUGCCGCCGAGUCUGACGAUCUUGGCCUGUACCUGAACCUGGCUCGGGAUCUGGCUCGGCGCACGGCUGCCGUGAGCGAGGCCCUUGCUCGUCGUGAGACUCUCGACGCAUCGGUCCGGCAGAUGGCCCUCGUGCUGGGUAACAGCGCCAUCACGGGCGAUACCCAUGGUCUGGACCGCGGCUCGGCCGGUCGGGUGCUUCGUGGCAACCCGCUGGAUGAGGCUGGCUGGGGCGUCGAUGGCGCCGCUCCUGUGCCGGCGGGCGACGAUCGCCCGGUGACUGCUGCCGCUCUGCUGGACACCAACCGCCAGUAUGAGGCCCUGCAGGCCCUGAUGGGUCUGGCCCAGUCGGAGCGUGAUCGUCUGGUGGCUGAGCAUGAUGCUUCCAAGAAGCAGUCUGGUCGUCUGCCCGGCAAUGCCCGCUCGACCCCGGCGUAUCUGGACAACGCGGACUUCACCGGCCACGCGGAGGAGAUCCUGUCGGCCUCGGGCGCCGGGGCUGCCGACUCGCGCAAGAAUGGCCUCUGGCCGACUGACGAGUCUGGUGCCCUGCGUGCCCCGGUUCCGAUGGUGCCGCCGUCGCUGACCUUCGCCGAGGCGGUCCGCCAUUCGGCCAAGUUCGCCGGCCGCUUCGACCGGCUGACGGCCUCUGCCACGGACUUCCUGCUGGACAAGUACACCGGUCCGGUGGUCGAUGAUCCGCAGCACAUGGCCAUCGCGCAUCCGGACUACAUGGGCGGCGUGACGACGCCCUUCCGCCUGCUGACCGAGCGCUUUACCCUGGCCUCGCGCAUCAUCAACGCCCUGGUGGCCGUGUCCAAGAACUAUGCCCCGGAGGCCCACAUCCUGCCUGGGGACUAUGCCGAGAGUGUCAUGACCCUGCUGGAGUUCCUGUAUGAGCGCCAGUCCCCGGAGCUGGUUGCUGGUCGGACGCCGGUGUUCUUGCAUUCGGCCUUCGCGGCCCUGCUGGCUUCGGACAUCCCGCUGCCGGUGACGGUGGCCGCGGAUACUCGUCCGCUGCUGGUGCGCGAUGCCUUCAACCUCCUGCAGGCCAUUGGAACUGGCCAGGCCAUUGAGUCGAGCGGCCUCUUCGAGCAGGGUGCCCCGCUCCCGGCCCCGGCCCCGCCGAUGCCUGGUAACAUGAGCCUGCUGCACUUCCUGCUGGGCGUCGAGUCGCCGGUGUCGCUGGAUAAGUUCGCCCCUCGGGCUGAUAUUGAUCCCAGCCAGCCGGCCUUCUCCGUGCGCGAUAUGAUCCUCAACCAUCGGACCAUCUUCGAGGACGAGUCCUUCUCUCUGGAGCCGGUUUCCCUGGUGGAUGUGCUGGCUGAGACGCUGCAGGAUCAGGCGGACCCGCGUGGCUCGCGGUCGCUGCCGACUCGGCCCUCGAGCACCGCGGCCCCGGUGGGCAGCGUGGCCAAUGCCCUGGCUGCCGCUGGUCACAUUGAUGCCGGUGCGGCGGCCGCCCCUCGCGAAAGCUUCUACAUGACGCCGACCGAGUUCUCCAUGCUCGCCGGUGCCCAGGGGGAGAUCCUCUUUGAGGAUAUGUACCACCUGCCGAACCCCUUCUCUUAUGACCACACCGUGGAGGAUCACGAGAAGUGGAGCAAGUACAAUGUGUGCUGGUCCAAUGCCGAGGCCGCCCGGAAGAUGGGCAUCGCUCGGGUGGAGGACAUUCUCCAGUCGGGCCAGGCCCUGCGCAGCAGUCGCGAGCUGGCCGCGCGCAGUGAUUCCAUGGCCGAUCGCCUUCAGCGUCGUGUGGAUGACUCCGCCGCGCGCGAGGCCGCUGGUGCUGGCGCUGCCGCCCCCCCGGCCGCCGCCCCGGAGGUGGAGGCUCUGCUGGACCAGCUGUCCGGACCGGAGGUUCGCAACCUCUCGGAUCUGAGCUACCUGGCUGAGGUGGAUCUGGCGAAGCUUCCCUCGCGGUCGGAGCGUCUGCUUGGCCGCGCGCUGGCGCAUCGCCUCGGCCAGACCGGGGCCCUGGCCUCGCGUGAUGCCGACUUCGAGGCUGCCUUCUUCAUGCCGACUGACCGGGAGCGUGCCCUGCCGCGCGUCAACAAGCUUGGCCUGACUUGCCUGUCGGCGCCGACCGGUCCCCGGCCGACCGGUGCUCUGACUCACGUCAACCUGCAGGAGACCCUGCUGCCUCUGCUGAACCCUCAGCCGGAGGACUUUGACCCUUGGGUCAGCCCCUUCCCGGCGGAUACCGGCGUCAACUCCCUGGUGUCGGAUGCCAUGGUUCGCCCGGCCAGCACGGUCCUCCCGGCCACCGGGCUUCCGAAGGUCGCCAAGGGUGCCUCCAUGGCGGUGCAGCUCCCCUCGCUUCCGGCUUAUGAUCUGCUCAGCGAGCUGGUCCUGACCCCGCCGGCCGAGGUGGCCGGUGUGCGUGACUCGCAUGCGCCGCGUCUGGUGAACAGCCCGGCUCCGGCUUCCGGUCGGCAUGGGAUCAACCCCCGGCCGAUGGUCCAUGUGCCGGUUGGCGACAAGGGCCAUGCCUUCCCCGCUCGGCUGAUGGCCGCUGAUGCCUUUGUCGGUGGUGCUCUGUAUGAUGGCCGGCCUGCUGGUCCGGCUGUUCCGCUGGAGUUUGGCCGGUAUGCCAAGGAUGGCUCCUUCGAGCCCGGUGUGCCGGUCUUCGACCCGGUCACCGGUGCUGAGGUCGGCUUCCAGGCCGGCCACUUCAAGCUGGUGACCCUUGACCGGCGUGUUGCGGCGGAUCCGCGCGCGCAUAAGCUGGAUCUGUCCAACCCGGCGGCCGUGGCCCUGGCGGCUCGUACCCCGGGCGAGGCGUCCUACCUGCUGCCCUCGGUGUCGGUGUGGAAGCACCUGCACGAGAAGCAGGUUGCCCCCAAGCAGGUGAGCAACAUGAAGCAGCAGAGCGCCAUCCUGACGUCGCACAACACCAAGGCCCAGGCCCAGGUGCCGGGCCGGCGUCUGCACGACGGAUCGGAGAUCUUCGUUCCCGGGUUUGCGCUUGCGGAUCGCUUCAUCCCCGGUGCCGUGACUUCCGACGGUGCGCACGUCCGGUAUGGUCUGCCGGCGGUUUUGCUGGCUGCGGUGCCGUCGCUGGCGGCUGCUGCCUCCGGGCAGCCUGGUCGCAUGGCCACCAGCAACCAGCUGGAGGCCGCCGUGGCCGCCGUUCAGGCGGACCUGACCGCGCAGCUGUACAGCAGCGGUACCCCCGGCGGUCCGACGGUCAACAAGGUCCUGGCUCUGUCGGAUCAGGCUUACGCCGGGCUCCCGGCGGGCGAUACGGUUUCGCGUGCGGUGCUCACUGAGGCCACUCGCCUGUUGAUUGCCCAGAUGCCGGCUUCGGCCGAGCGCGACGAGCAGCUCAACGCCCUGCUGACCGCCGGGUCUUCGGCGGCCACCGGUCCGGUGAGCCGGUCGCUGGCGGCCGUGCUGGCGGCCACCUCCUCGGCCACUGGUGGUGCUGGUGGCCGUGCCCUCCUGUCGACGGCCGUGCCGUUUGCCUUCACCGAGGUGGUGCCCCCGAGCGCGGGUGCCGCUGGUGCCGGCUCUUCGUCGGCGGCCCUCGUGCCGCUGGUGCCGGCUGCCAAUGAGGUGGGCUUCUCCUCGCGCGAGUACCGCUCCACCGAGGAGCUUUCUCGUGAGACCGCCGCCGCCAAGAAGAACAAGGCCAGCUCUGCGCUGCUCGACUCGAGCACCAGCCGUCCCUUCCCGGAGAUUUCCACUCCGCAGUCGGCGUCGGUCCUGGCCAAGUACAACUUCGGUGUGCCGGCCACCCCCGAUGGCACCCCGCUGGCUUCUAAGGCUGCCCUGCGGCCCUUCUCCAACCUGGACCUGGUGGAUGACGAGUUUGUGGAGGGCACCUUCGACAUGCUGACUGGUGCCUUUGUGGCCUGUCGCCCGGUCCCGGUGGCGCAUCUGGACAUCCUGGCCCGCGCUACCCCGAGCAAGCCGGUGCACAUCCUCCGCCAUCCGGCGCUGGAUCUCGGCCCGGAUGUGGCCUUCGUCCUGUCGGACGACCCGCGCCACGUGCUGGCGGCUGAUGCCUUCAACAGCUCGGUCGUGCCCUUCCUGCCGACCGUGUCUCGCCUCCAGGAGGACGCCUUCAAGGCGGCCCCGGCUUCCAUCAAGACGGCCCUUGCCACCGCGCAGGCUGGCAACCUGAAGAAGUAAGCAUUUCGGGCAUACACACACAUACCCACUCCCCCUCUCCCUCUCUCUCCGCUCUCUGCCUGGCUUUCUCUUCAGUAUGUUGUCGUCUUGGCUGUGUGUGUGUGCGUGCGUGUGCGUAUGCGCGCACACACGCGCCUCGUCGUCAUCACCAUUUCCUUCUCUUCCCUCUUCCUCCGUUCCCCUAGAUACUUCCCCUUUGCAUGUGUGUAUGUGUGUGUAUCUCGGCGUGUAAUGAUGAUAUUGCCACCAAUGUGGUAAUGGGCGAAGGGGCGCGGAGGGCGCAAGGGGAUCCCCUUUUUGCCGGAUGCGCGUGUGCGUGCGCGCUUGUCAUGCGCACUGUCGAUAGUGGUCUUCUCCUGCCCCCUCCCCUCCCCCCUCUCUCCGAUGUGUCUCCUCCUCCAUUAGUGUGCAAGUGGCCCUACGGGCGCUAUUGUCUCCCGGCCAGCCUUUCCGGCGUAUGCUCACGUUCAUACGUGCGCGUAUGCAUGCAUGAGGAGCAACACAAGUGCGCGCGCGCGCGCGGGCACACACACGCACACAUACACAAGCUCCUUCUUCUUUUUCCAAAUACAUAUAUAGAUCUUCACA